AUUUCCUUUCAGAGGGGCUAGACUAACAAGGGUCUAAUGUAUCAUUCUUUCUGAUAGGCUGAAUAUGCCUGAUGGUGCUUUCAAUAAUGCAUUUCAGUUAUGUCACAAAAGGAGGUUGCUUUAUCUAUUUGAAAUUAAAAAUAGAGAAGAAAACAGACAAAACUCUCCGUGCUACCAACUUUUGAUAUUUGUAUUGUUUUCCCUUGUCACAUUUGCUUUAUUUCUCAUUAUGCAAAAUAAUAUAUUCCUAAAUAAGGUUAUGAAUGAUUUCUAUACCGUGUGUAUGAGAUUUCUCUGGAAAUUGUAAUGUGUUUAGCAAAACAAUAUUGUUUAAACAUAUUACAAAAAGAAAGUGGUAAAGAUCAACAAAAGCAAGGAAAUCUCCAAGCACCCUUGAGAUGAAACCGCCUGAUGGACCAUAUUCAGGCUUUCUGGUUAUUACAGAUGAAGAAGCUGAUUCACAGGACAUGCUGUGUUGGGGUCAAUGGGGUCUGUGUGGUAUAUGCAAGCGUAAGAGUGUCAAGAAGCUUCCCUUUCCACAGGAUAAGAUUUUGUCGAUUGUUUAUACAUCUGAGUAUCAUGAAACAACAACCACCAACGUCUGGUUCAUCCCAGUUCCAGAUCAACCUCUCUCCUCCAACUGCUACUAUGUUAUCAGAGCAAAAGGCAGACAUAAAGGAAAAGCAUGCACGUGUUCAAGAGAGGGAGACAUAAUAAACUGUUGCUUUAGAGAUGUCUUAAGGGACAAAAAGCCAAAGCCUUUAAACUUUAAAAAUGUAUACCAACAAGUAAAGAUCUACCACCAUCAUGGUGGAGGUUUUUUCGCCAAGUCAGUAGCUCCAGAUGGUGUUCCUCCAAAGUUCCUAAGAACAAAAGGUUGGACAGUUCAUAGCUCAAGCUUAAACCGUUUACGGCUAAGCGAAGCUCUGGGCUUGGAAACCUCUCUUCGGGCUCAACUUCCCAACUUCAAGUUCCCCAUCUUCAACUUCCACUCAUCCCCUGUGGUGGUUGGAAAAUGGCACUGUCCAUUCCCUUUUGUCAGAGAUAAAACAAGUAGUCCAAAAAGCCAGAUGAAAAAAUCAAUCUUUUACACUUUGACCCUUGAGCAAUGGUGGGAAGAGAUAUUCUCAUGUGGGAAUGUUGACCGCAACAACAACAACAAUAAUAAUAACCAAGGGAAUUCAGUGACUGUAGAUGUUUAUGUCCAAAGGGAGGUGUAUUUGGUGGCUGGAAUGGAAGCUGUGAGGGAUGACAGAAGUGGUCAUGGUGGGUUUUCUUGGUUCAAAGUGUAUAACCCAAAUGGAAGAAGAGGGGUGGUGUUGAGUGUGGGAGUGAGUUCGGCCAUUGCUGAACAUAUGAGGUGGGUUUUGGAUGCAGGUGGUUGGGUUAGUGGAGAUGAAAGAGAAGUGAAGGUGGAGAGAGUUGAGGAGAAUACUAAUGGAAAUAACAGGUGGAGGAAGUUUGGGUGUUAUGUGUUGGUAGAGAGCUUUUCUUUGAGAAGAUUGGAUGGAAGUUUGGUGCUCAAAUGUUCCUUUAGGCACACCCAAAGGAUUCAAUGCAAAUGGGAAUAACAUAUCAAUGGUUUUAGAUGUAUAGAUAGUUUAUAUAAGAUCCCUUUUAUGCGUGUAAUAAUACUUAAAUACAACGUUAAUACAAUGUAAACAAAGACGCUCACAAUGAAUUGAUGUUAGAACGAGUGAGUGUAUGGUUAAGGAAGUAGGAAUAGGUGAGUGUGUGGUAAGGUGCAUGGGCUUCUAUCUCAAAUGUCCUUUUAGGCACAUCCAAAGAAUUACAAUGUAAACAAAGACGCUCACAAUGAAUUGAUGUUAGAAUGCGAAAAUGUAUGGUUAAGGAAGUAGGAAUAGGUGAGUUUGUAGUAAGGUGCAUGAGAUUCCACCUUAAAACCAAUUAGCAAUGAGAGGAUUGACCCAUGCAUCUUAUGUAUUGGUUUAUAGUUUUCACAUAUUAUCAAUGUGAGACUCUUUAAUAUUUCCCCUCAAAAUAGUGGUUAUUUUUUU